AUGCAACGCAACAUCUACAUCAUCGGUGCACAAAGCACUGGCAAGUCCACCAUCGUCUCUGCGCUCGAAGACCACUUCACCAAUUGUCAAUCGUCUACCUCUAUUCCCCCAAGCAUCGUCCGCGAGGUUGCUCGUGGCGUUAUGAGCAAACAGCAAGAUAGUGCGAACGAGAUUGCGAGAUCACCGGAAGCGAUGCUAGAGUUGCAAGGGCUGAUCAUCAAAGCACAAGCUAUCGCUGAACGCAAAGUAGUGACAUCCUCUUCCUCGGCGAUGCAGAUGGAGGAGGCCCCGCCGUUCUUCAUAUCAGAUCGGUCGGCCAUUGACCCGAUAGUCUACGCCAGACAGUAUGUUGGGCCACGAGAAAGCGAGCAGCUCAUGUCACUCGAAGACUGGCAGCUGAUGUGCAAACGAAUGGCAUGCUCUUUGAUUGUCGUGUGUGAGGCGGAUGUGAGUUGGCUUACACAGGACGGGGUGCGGCUGAUGCCCAGCACCACAGGAGAGUGGCUUCAGACUCAAGACUUGUUUAGGCAGAUUCUGAAGGAGGUCUCGCUGCCGUUUGUGGUGCUGCCUAAGGAGCUUACGGACAUUGCUGACAGAGUUGCGUUUGUUGUGAAGCACUGGAGGAGUUCUAGUGUAACGACAAGUUAG